AUGAACACCUCAUCGGCGCAAGUUUUGCUCCGUGCUUGUCGACCAUCCUCGUCGCGCACUCUCGUCCAUCUACCGCCUUCAUCUUCAUCCUCAUGCACCGCUCGAGCUCAUUUCAAGACAAAAUGGCAGCUUUCUCAACGCCAGCAGCAAAACAGACUCGGGCGACCGCACCACUUCUCCACAAGUCGAGCCACCUGGAAUGUCCAAGCAGAGACGAGUACUUCCACAGUCACUACCACUACUGCUGCUACACCGAACCCUCCCGCGCCCGACACCGAGAAAUCCUCAACGGUGUUCCACGAGCAAUCCAAACCGCGAGGAUAUGAGCCCGACAGCUACCGGGUAUGGCGAGGGGAAGACGAGGACUUUGUCAAGACGAGCGAGAGCUUCAUCGGCCGGGUGUCGCGGACAGGGACGAUGCGCAAGACGGUGCGGGUGAGCCGCAACGUCCAGGUCUGGGAUGCACACCUGCAGAAAUACUAUACACGGGAGAAGCACGCUCUGGUGCACGACCCGGACGACCUGUUGGUCGAGGGCGACCUGGUCAGCUACGGUGGCUUCCCACCCAGCAUUGCUAAGGCCCGCCUCGAGAAGGGCAGACCUGUCGACACCAAGGGCAGGGUCAGCUGCUGUGUCUUCGAUGUCUUGACCCCCUUUGGCUCCACUGUUGCGCAACGCGUUCAGGCGAGGUCGUCAGUCGAUGGUGCAGCGUCCGUGAAGCUGGCGUCUUGA